CCUGCGCCCGCCCAGGCACGUUUCGGGGAGAGAGCAGCGUUUCUGGUGCGCUACCCCGACGAGCCGCCAGUCCGGCCCGAGUCCAGCCUCGACGGCUCCAGGGUUCGAGCCAGAGACCAGAGGAGUUCAGCGCUCCGGCCUGAGGGCAGAGGAGGUGAGAGCCAGCCUAUCGGUUCAGUCAGCCCAGGGACCUCUCUCACAGCCGGCCUCGACAGCCCCGGUGGUCCAGCCAAAGAGCAGAGGAGGGCUGAGCCUGCCCCAAGUGCCCGAAAGCCAUGUCGGCCAGCAGUGGAAGCAGCCCAAAUGCCAAGAGCAGCACCGCAGCAGAGGGCCCUGGCAGCGGUGGCAUCGGUGGCGGUGGCGACAACAGUGGGAGCAGCAGAAGCAUGGCAGAGGGCCCCAGCGCCAGCAGUGGUGGCAGCGGCAAGGGCCUCAGUGCCAAUCCAGGCAGUGGUGACAGCGGCAUGGCAGAGGGCCCCACCGCAAGCAGUGCUGGCAGCAGCAAGGUCCUUGGUGCCAGUCCCGGCAGUGGUGACAGUGGCAUGGUGGAGGGCCCCAGGAGCAGUGGUGGCACAGACCACAGUGGCAUGACAGAGGGUCCAAGUGCCAGUCCCAGCAGUGGUGGCAGCGUCAUGGCAGAGGGCCCCAGUGCUAGUAGUGGUGGCAGCAGCAAGAUCCUCGGUGCCAGUCCCGGCAGUGGUGGCAGCGGCAUGGCAGGGGGCCCCAGUGCUAGUAGUGGUGGCAGCGGCAAGUGCCUCAGUGCCACUCCUGGCAGUGGUGGCAACAGCAUGAUGGAGGGCCCCAGUGCCAGUCCAGGCAGUGAUGGCAGCAGCAUGGCAGAGGGCCUCAGUACCAGUCCAGACAGUGGUGACAGCAGCAUGAUGGAGGGCCCCAGGAGCAGUGGUGGCACAGGUGGCAGUGGCAUGGCAGAGGGCCCCAGUGCCAGUCCUGGCAGUGAUGGCAGCAGCAUGGCAGAGGACCCCAGGAGCAGUGGUGGCACAGGUGGCAGUGUCAUGGAGGAGGGUCCUAGUGCCAGUCCCAGCAGUGGUGGCAGUGGCAUGGCAGAGGGCCCCAGUGCCAGUCCAGACAGUGGUGGUAGCAGCAUGGUGGAGGGCCCUAGGAGCAGUGAUGGCACAAGUGGAAGCAGCAUGGAGGAGGGCCCCAGUACCAGUCCUGGCAGUGGUGGCAGCAGCAGCAUGACAGAGGGCCCUGGGAGCAGUGGUGGCACAGGCAGCAGUGGCAUGGAGGAGGGCCCCAGUACCAGUCCUGGCAGUGGAAGCAGUGAGGGCACCAAUGCCAGUCCAGACAGUGGUGGCAGCAGCAUGACGGAGGGCCCCAGGAGCAGUGGUGGAACAAGUGGCAGCAGCAUGGAGGAGGGCCCCAGUGCCAGUCCAGGCAGUGGCAUGGCGGAGGGCCCCAGUGCCAGUCCCAGCAGUGGUGGCAGCAGCAUGGUGGAGGGCCCCAGUGCCAGUCCAAACAGUGGUGGCGGCAACAUGGCGGAGGGCACCAGGAGCAGUAGUGGCACAGGUGGCAGUGGCAUGGAGGAGGGCCCCAGUGCCAGUCCUGGCAGUGGUGACAGCAGUAUGGCGGAGGGCCCCAGGAGCAAUGGUGACACAGGUGGCAGCAGCAUGGCAGAGGGCCCCAGUGCCAGACCCAGCAGUGGUGGCAGCAGCAUGGCGGAGGACCCCAGGAGCAGUGGUGGCACAGGUGGCAGCAGCAUGGCAGAGGGCCCCAGUGCCAGUCCUGGCAGUGGUGGCAGCAGCAUGGUGGAGGGCCCCAGGAGCAAUGGUGGCAGUGGCAGCUGUAGCAGUGUGGAGGAGGGCCCCAAUACCGGUGGCAGGGGCAACAACAGCAGCAGUAUGGCAGAGGAACUCAGGAGCAGUGGGGGCAGCAGCAUGGCGAAGGGCCUCAGGAGCAAUAGUGGCACAGGUGGCAGUGGCGGUGAGGACCCCAGUACCAAGAACAGCAGCAGCAGCGAUGAGGACUCUAGUUCCAGUGGCAGCACCAGCGGCGGCAGAGGCAGCGAUGGUGGUGAAGGUGAUGGUGAUGGCGAGGGAGACAGUGAUGAAGGUGAUGGAGAGGGAGACAGUGGCGGUGAUGAAGGUGACGGUGAUGAUGGUGACGGCGAUGGAGACGGUGAUGAUGGUGAUGGCGAGGCAGACAGUGGCAGUGAUGAAGGUGACGGUGAUGAUGGUGAUGGCGACGGAGAUGGUGAUGGUGAUGGCGACGGAGACAGUGGCGGUGAUGAAGGUGAUGGUGAUGAAGGUGAUGACGAGGGAGACAGUGAUGGUGGUGAAGGUGACAGCAACUGCAAUAAAGACAGCGACGGCAGCCUUCGUGGUAUCUGCAGCGGCCCCAGCCCCAGUCCCAGGGGUACCGUUAAGGGCACCGAUGGCAACCUCUGCCACUCCGGUACUGGUGCGGGCUGCCACAGACCAGACUUUAGUGGAACCUUUCGUUUCUCAGACAUGGGCUUCUCCAGUGCCAGUGAAGAUGAAGAUGAGGAUGAUGACAGUGACACAGACUACAAUGACAUGGACAACAACAAUGAUGACAAAGAUGGUAACCGCAGCCCCAGUGGGGCCACUGGUACUGGUGGCCGUGCUGGCCUUAUCGCCAGCAGUCGCUUGUCCAACAUCAGCUUUUCCAGCUCAAGAAAUGGUGCUUCCAGCACCCCCAGAAGCUUCCCAGGCUUCACCAGCAUUGGUGGCACGAGCGCCAGUGGUGCUGGUCCAAGUGUUGGCAUUAGCAGCUCUGACAGCUUCCAGGCUAUAAGUAACAUCUUCCAGAGCAUCAGCAGCAGCUUACCCACUACCAAUGUCUUCCCUAACAUAACUGGCAUCUUCCACGACACCAGCAGCAGAAGCACUAGUCCCAGUCCUGGCACCAGCGGCAACAUCUUCCAGAGAACCAGUGGCGAUGGAUCCAGUACCAGCAACCUGUUUGCCAGUACCAGUGGCAAUGGAUCCAGGAUCGGUGGCCUCUUUGCUACCAGUGGUGAUGGUGCCAGUACCAGUAACCUCUUCUCUGCUACCAGUGGUGAAGGCUUCAGAACCAGCAGCCUCUUCUCUGCUACCAGUGGUGAAGGCUUCAGAACCGGCAGCCUCUUCUCUGCUCCCAGUGGUGAAGGCUUCAGAACCGGAAGCCUCUUCUCCACUACCAGUGGUCAUGACACCAGAACCGGCAGCCUCUUCUCUGCUACCAGUGGUGAAGGCUUCAGAACCGGCAGCCUCUUCUCCACUACCAGUGGUGAUGACACCAGAACCGGCAGCCUCUUCUCUGCUACCAGUGGUGAAGGCUUCAGAACCGGCAGCCUCUUCUCCGCUACCAGUGGUCAUGACACCAGAACCGGCAGCCUCUUCUCUGCUCCCAGUGGUCAUGACACCAGAACCGGCAGCCUCUUCUCUGCUCCCAGUGGUGAAGGCUUCAGAACCGGCAGCCUCUUCUCCGCUCCCAGUGGUGACGACGCCAGAACCGGCAGCCUCUUCUCCUCUCCCAGUGGUGACGACGCCAGAACCGGCAGCCUCUUCUCCGCUCCCAGUGGUGACGACGCCAGAACCGGCAGCCUCUUCUCCUCUCCCAGUGGUGACGACGCCAGAACCGGCAGCCUCUUCUCCGCUCCCAGUGGUGACGACGCCAGAACCGGCAGCCUCUUCUCCGCUCCCAGUGGUGACGACGCCAGAACCGGCAGCCUCUUCUCCGCUCCCAGUGGUGACGACGCCAGAACCGGCAGCCUCUUCUCCGCUCCCAGUGGUGACGACGCCAGAACCGGCAGCCUCUUCUCCUCUCCCAGUGGUGACGACGCCAGAACCGGCAGCCUCUUCUCCGCUCCCAGUGGUGACGACGCCAGAACCGGCAGCCUCUUCUCCGCUCCCAGUGGUGACGACGCCAGAACCGGCAGCCUCUUCUCCGCACCCAGUGGUGACGACGCCAGAACCGGCAGCCUCUUCUCCGCUCCCAGUGGUGACGACGCCAGAACCGGCAGCCUCUUCUCCGCACCCAGUGGUGACGACGCCAGAACCGGCAGCCUCUUCUCCGCUCCCAGUGGUGACGACGCCAGAACCGGCAGCCUCUUCUCCGCUCCCAGUGGUGACGACGCCAGAACCGGCAGCCUCUUCUCCGCACCCAGUGAUGGCUCCGGGACCAGUGACCUCUUCUCCUGCACCAGCGGCCUGGGCCUCAGAACCGGCAGUGGCUUGUCCAGCACCAGCCAGGUUAGCACCAAACCCUUAGAGGCUUCCAGUGGGAGGAGCAGUAGCAAUGUACUUAUUUCCCAGGGAGGCGGGGAGGCCAGCACCACCACUGGCUUUGAGGUAGCCUUUGAAAGGCAGUUCUGCCAUGUAGUCAGUGGCUGGAACUACGAAUGGACUCCUGAAGGACAGGUUCUUAGCUAUGCUGCCACCACUUUGCAGCAGGAGAGUGAUGUCGGCCUCAAGAGGACUUCCAAGAGGAAACAAGAGGAUGAAGACCAGGCUGCUACCUCCUCCGGCAGUGAUCAGAAUGAAAGUAGUGCCUCUGGGGCUGGAAUGAUGCAGCCCCCAUCCAAAAAAAGUAGAGUGAGUGUUGCUGCAGAGAGGGAGUACCUGCUAUGGGGAAGCCUAGGAAAAGAAUUCAGGGGUAGGGAGGAAGUCCCGGUCCACAUACCCGAGGCCCUGAAGCCCCUCCUCGUGCAAGAUUGGGAGCUGGUGACCCUUGGGAAGAAGCUCUUCAACCUGCCAGCCAAGAAGACCGUCAGUGUCAUCCUGUCCGAGUACGCCACCUUCCAGCCAAACUGCCAAUCUCGAGACAAAAGGUGCUCUGUCAGUGCAUUGGUAGCCAUGAUCAAAGAGUACUUUGACUUCCUGCUGGCGACCCGACUGCUCUACAAGUUUGAGAAACAGCAACACGCAGAGAUCCUGGCUCGUUUCCCCACUCACAAGAUGUCCCAAAUCUAUGGAGGUCCCCACCUGCUGCGUCUCUUCCAGCAGCUGGGCCCCAUGCUCACCUACACUUCCCUGGAUGACAACAGCCUCAACGUGCUGAUGACCCAUUUGCAAGAUUUCCUAGAGUAUUUGGCCCGUAAUCCUUCUCAGCUCUUUACAGCAGCCACUGAUUACCACCUGGCCACCAAAGAGUACCAGGAAAAAGCUGAGUAAAGGCCUCCGGGGGGAGGGUGGUCUCUGCUCCUUGUGCCACAUUACCAUUUCUGGGAGCAAGGCCAGUGGGUGUACCUCGCUUGCAAAAAGGAUCCGUUGCAGUAUUGUGCUCCAUCGUUUUGGGAUUGAUGUUUGUUCUCUUCAGUUGCUCUCCCCACAGAGCAAUAACUAACGUUUGUGGUCAUGGACACAGACACUGGACACCAUUUGGGAACUUUCCCCAUGCAGACGACCACAAGGUAUUCGGUGAACGUUGCAUUCUACUGGUUCCAAGCCUUUGAACCCGGGCACUUGGGACCUGUGCUACCAACCCUACAGUCACCAAAGACUGAUUGAUUAAUGCCAAAGUCCACAGAUGACCGACCGGUCUUUAGCCAGGUGGGGGUGGGGGUGCUUGUCUGUUUUGUGGGGUUGGCCAAGAGCCCCUUCUUGGAUUGUGACCUCUCCCAUGAGUGGUAUGUGUCCCAGUCACCCAAUGGUUCGCCUUGUUGGUUCCAAUGCAGAUUUAGGGGAUGGGAAAAAAGUUCUCUUCUGUAUUGACAGAGGUCUAGGGGAGUUCCUUCCCCAGAGGUCUGCUACAAGUGUGGAAAAUGCAGUGAUUUUGCUGCAAAAAAGGGUACUUAGUUUUUGGUUCCAGGGCUUUCAGCUCCAUCCCUUAGAACCUGUGUUAAUGCUAAGUCGAUCUGUGCCAGCGCUGUCCUCUCUUUAACCAGGUGGGGGUGGGUCUGGUUAUCUGGGGGGGGGGGCUACUCUUCUGCCCCUUCUUGGGACGUGACCACGUUCUCCUCUGUGUGUGUUAUACUAUGCCCUACUUACUACACGGUUCUGAUGGCUUCUGUGUUGAUUUCAGGGCAGAGUUUAGUAGGAGAAAAGCACUCAUCUGUAUUAACAGAUGUCUGGUGCCAGAUGAUGUCAUCUAUGGUGUGGGGAGGGGUAGGAGAGGUGGGAGAGGCUGAAUAAAAAAAAACAACCACCCUCAAAGCAAAAAACAAAAUCCCGGAUGUCUAGGAAAGUUCCUCUUUCAGGGGGUCUUUUGAAAGAAUCAAAAAUAUGUUAAUUUUGCUGUCAAACAAAAGUAUGGUGCCAUGUUUUUUGAAGCUCAGUAUUUUGAACCCGAGGCGGCGGUGCUCAGGGGCCACAAGCCUAGACUGAUAAUUGGUAGUGCCAAAGAUGUCACCACUUUAGCCAAGUGUGGGCAUACUGGGUUAUCUAGUACAAUGGGACUGGCUUGAAAUGCCCCUUUCUUGAAUUUUUUCCCUCAUUACUGAACUGUUCUUAUGUUGAUUCCAAUGCAAGUUUAAGUGAUAGAAAGAAAAGUUCUCACCUGUAUUAACAGAUGUCUAGAUGUCUUUUAGAGGUCUUUUGUAAAGUGUUGAAAAUAUAUUGAUUUGGGAGCAGCUAAGUGGCUCAGUGUUCCAGCCUCGGGUGGGUGCUCCUUUUAGUUGUGUGACCCUGGGGAAGUCACCUAAACCCCAUGGGAUUGAUUCUCAAAUAAGGCGAGGUAAAGAUUUUAAGAAAUGUUAUUGAUUUUGUUGCAAAAAAGAUGACUAUUCUGUUGGUCCCAUGCUCUUAAAGCGCAGCACUUGGAAUCUGUGUCAUUGUUGGAUGACCCGAAUCCUAGAUUGAUGAUUGUUCAUGCCAGAGAUUGAGCGAGGGCAUGUUUGGGUCUCUGGCACAUGGGCUGGCCCGCUGGCCCCUUUUCAGAUCCUUCUUGAAAUGUGCUUAUGCCCCUUUUCCACACGCCUUCUUUUUGUGCUCUUAAUUGCUAAGCUUUCACACAUUGCUUAUGUUGACUCCAAUGGAAAUUUAAAUGUUGGGAAAGAAAUUUCUGUUCUGUAUUGGCGGACCUCUUUUAGAGGUCUAUUAAAGAAUUGAAAAUAAAUGGAUUUUAGUC